ACUAUCACCGAGUUGCUGGGUUCCACCAAGAGACUCAAUGUGAACUACCAGGACACAGAUGGGUUUUCGGCCCUGCACCACGCUGCUCUCACAGGGACCACGGAGCUGCUGUCGGCCCUGCUGGAGGCCCAGGCCACCGUGGACGUCAAGGACAGCAACGGAAUGCGUCCGCUGCAUUACGCAGCCUGGCAGGGGAAAGCUGAAUCGGUCCUGAUGCUGCUUCGCUCAGGAGCGUCGGUCAACGGCGUUUCCCUGGACGGACACAUCCCUCUGCACCUGGCGGCGCAGUACGGACACUACGAAGUGUCUGAGAUGCUGCUGCAGCAUCAGUCCAACCCCUGUCUGGUCAACAAGGCCAAGAAGACUCCUCUGGACCUGGCCUGCGAGUUCGGGAGAGUCCAGGUGGCCCAGCUGUUGCUGAGCAGUAACAUGGUCGUGGCGUUGUUGGAAGGAGAGAGGAAGGAGCCGACGGACUCGGCCUUCACCACGCCGCUACACCUCGCCGCCCGCAACGGACAUAAAGACAUCAUACGGCUGCUUCUGAAGGCCGGCAUCGACAUCAACAAGACCACCAAGUCUGGGACGGCUCUGCACGAAGCCUCUCUGUACGGGAAGACAGAGGUGGUCCGACUGCUGCUGGACGCCGGAGUGGACGUGAACAUCCGUAACACCUACAACCAGACGGCGCUGGACAUCGUCAACCAGUUCACCACGUCGCACGCCAGCAGGGACAUCAAGCAGCUGCUGCGAGAUGCGACGGGUGUUUUGCAGGUCAGAGCUCUGAAGGACUACUGGAACCUCCACGAUCCCACUGCCCUCAACAUCCGAGCCGGAGACGUCAUCACGGUGUUGGAGCAGCAUGUGGACGGACGCUGGAAGGGCCACAUCCACGACACCCAGAGAGGCACGGACCGAGUCGGCUUCUUCCCUCCGUCCAUCGUGGAGGUCAUCAGCCGGCGAAAUGGGGGCACCCUGUCCCGGCACACCUCUCUGCCCACCCAGCGCCAGCAGCUGCUCUCCAGAGCCCCCCUCUCCUCCAGCCUCAGCUCCGCCCCUCAGACCGACGACUCCUACACUCUGUACGCACCCCCCACCCACGUGGUGCUGCCGCUAGCCAACGGCAUCACUACCAACACAGCUGGAGACAGGAACAGUGUCGGGAGUACCGGCAGCGUCGGCAGCACCCGCAGUGCCGGGAGCGGACAGAGCACCGAGAGCAACAACGCAUCCAACGGACUCCAACACAACACAGGUCACCAUGAUAACGCCAACAAGCCGGCGCCCUCUGCUGUUGAUUCUGCACACUUAGACCUCAGCAAACCGCCUGAUCAUCCUGCAGGUGGGACUCCUCGGAAGCAGACCGUGACGGUGCAGAGACCUGCAGAGCAGAGUUUCUCCCAGCAGUUUGUUCGACCUCAGCAGCUCCUGGAGGGGAAGGAUGCAGAGGCCAUCUAUCAGUGGCUGAGUGAGUUCCAGUUGGAGCAGUAUACUGGGAACUUCAUCACUGCUGGUUAUGACGUUCCCACCAUCAGCAGGAUGACUCCAGAGGAUCUGACUGCCAUCGGAGUGACCAAACCAGGCCACCGCAAGAAAAUCUCCAUCGAGAUCAACAACCUGAACAUGCCUGAGUGGCUGCCCGAGUACAUCCCAUCUGAUCUGGGCGAGUGGCUCAGUGCCAUCGGGCUCCCACAGUACAACAAAAAACUCUCAGAAAACGGCUACGACUCCAUCAGCAUUGUCAGAGACCUCACAUGGGAGGACCUGCAGGAGAUCGGCAUCACCAAGCUGGGUCACCAGAAGAAGCUGAUGCUGGCGGUGAAGAAGCUGUGUGAUAUCCAGAGGGCGAUCCUUCAGGCUGAAUCUGGCCAAGGCACACUGCGCCGCAGAGCCCCCGGAGCCCUCCACCUGGUCGCCAUUGAGCCGCCUGACACAGCAGGUGAAUGCUCUUCCCCUCACACCCCAAAGAUGCUGACCUUCCAGGACAGCGAGUUGAGCGCUGAGCUGCAGACCGCCAUGUCCAGCCACUACGGAGGCUGCGAGGAAGGCUUGGCCAUCAAGCAUGCAGUGGGAAUGUACCAGAGUCAGGAGAGCAUCGACAACCGGUCCAGAGGCUCUGGACGCUCCCAGGAACCCCCCACUGCUUCCAUUACUCCCCACAGCUGGUCCCAGGAGAGUCUGGACGGCAGCCCCGCCAAGGAGAGAAACCUCCCAGAGGGCUGGGACCAGAGGCCUCUGCAGCAGCAGACGCUGCCCAAACAGGUGCCUCUGGGCACAGCAACCGUAUUUAAGUACCCGGCAAUCCCAGCCAAGCCGAAACUGUCUGGAUCUCGUGGCUCCUCCCCUCAUGGCUCCCCAGCAUUAAAGGGUUUCAGCUACUUGCAUUCUCAGUGUGGCUCCACAGACCUGAGCUCAUCCUCAAGGCCCAAAAACCACACCAUGACCCUGACACCGCCCAAGAAGCGCACCCAGACCACAACCCGCUACGCUCUGUCGGAUGGAGAGCCAGAUGAGGACGACGAAGACCCGGCAUUUCCAUCUGGAAACCUGUCAUCCUAUGCCACCUUGACCCGCAAACCCGGUCGCAGCCAGCUGGCUCGGUUAAAGUCGAGUCCAGAAAAGAACAGCAACGUAGGACGCAGUCAGUCCUUUGCAGUGCGCGCCCGAAAAAAAGGUCCGCCCCCUCCUCCUCCCAAGAGACUGAGCUCAGUGAGCAGCACCACCAGCGGAGAGCUGAGCGACAGCAGCACAACAUCAUCUGCUGGCGGGGUGAUGACAGACAGUCCAGUGAGCUUGAGGAGCAUCACGGCCUCUUUGGAAAGCAGGUCAGAGGAGAAAAAACAGCCAGGACCGAAACCAGACCUCGUCCAGCAGGCGACGCCUAUGCCCUCCCUCAACUCUGCAGGGCAGGAGCCCAGAGAGGCUGCCGGGGUAAGGAAGAGGGUGCAGAGCGAGUGUAUUUCCAUCCAGACCAGCAGCAGCACAGAGCCGGAUCAAGGGGUGAGGUCUGACUCGGAGGAAGAAGAAUCAAAAGGUCGUGGACUGGAGGGGUCCUCGUCCCCUCAGAACAGCUCCAGUGAAUGCAUCCCCUUCGCCGAGGAGGGCAACUUGACCAUCAAACAGAGACCCAAAGCUCCGGGGCCACCCAGGGCUGAGGCCGUGCUGGAGCCUCCAGAGAAACCAGCAGCCAAGAGCCUGGAGGUGCCCGAGUUUAAUCUGAAGGAGUCGGACACAGUUAAGCGCCGACAUAAACCCAAAGACAAGGAGCAGGAAGGAGGCUCCCCGAGCAGGGAGGGAACGAGGGAAGCCGGGUCAGAGUACGGCGGCAGCAGGCCUCCGUCCCAGGAGGUCAGUCUAAGGAUCAGUGAGGCCAGUCAGCACAGGCCGGCCAGUCCUGCAACAGGAUCUCCCAUCAAACCUCCGCUCUCCCCGAAACCUGCCGUGGCCCCAAAACCUGUGCGCCACAGUCUACUGGCAGCACAAGCUGGACUCUCCUCUCCAUCUGUGACCGUCACUGUUGUUCAAAGUGUAGCCUUCACCUCUCCAUCCGCUUACGGGUCCCCAGCUUCGGCCCCUCAGAGUCCCUCUCUGACAGCAGCCAGGCCUCAGGUGUGUGUAGUGGGUCCGGGUCUCGUCCCUGAAUCGACCUGCGGGACUGAGGGGGUUCAGCAAAGACUGGAUCAGACCAGCACGUCUUUGGAAGCAGCUCUGAUGGCUGUGGAGAGAAAACUGAACCUGGAGGACCACCCAGACAGUGGAUCAAACACAGUGAAGUCCGCAGGGACCAUUCUGGACGACAUCGGCAACAUGUUUGACGACCUGGCCGACCAGCUGGACGCCAUGUUGGACUGAAGACUUUUCAUAUUGGCCAAAAUAAAAAAAUAUUCACCCUCAAA